AUGGUGAUUAGGAGGAUACUUUUCAAUCUGCUCAAUAACCCGCAAGUUAUCGAGAAGCUGGCGGAGUCCCGGCCCAUUCGAAGGGCCGCACAGAUCACCGUGUUUGCCCUCAACAAAGCCCAAAUGACCGGCGAGCAAACCGCAGAACGUCUACUCCGCUCUGACACCCUGCGGCAGGUGCGGGAGGCGGCGGCGGGGAGCAGCGCACCUAGGAACCUGCAAGAGGCGACCCGCAGAGCGAGAAGAAUACGGGACAGUUUCAUUAAGGAGAUGAGAACGGGGAUUCAGGAUGUUAAAGGCAAAAUCAAGAGAGGGGACCGAGAAUAA